GAACGAGAGACAGAAAGAGAGACGAGGAGAGAGCGGCGAGAGAGGAGAGAGAGAAGAGACGAGAGACGAGAGAGAGAGAGAGACAGCUUGCCGCGUACACAUACAAGGCCAUGGAACGUGUGUCACGUACAAGCGUAUACCUGGGAAGAGUGUGUGCGACCACGUACCAGUUAGAGUCGGCUAGGUUGACGAUGUAUACUGACGGUCUCCUGACGCUCCAUUAUGGGAAGCAUCCAGCGACCUUGGCCGCGGAGGUUGGAGCCUGGUACACCGGGGACCGUCACGUGGACGUGACGUUAGCUUGCGACGAUGGAUCCGUCGUCAAGGCCCAUCGAGUAGUUUUGGCUGCAGCUAGUCCCCUUUUGGCUAGUCUCCUUCGUAACCCUGCAUUGGACCAUGUGGUUCACUUGUCCGGGGUCCGAAAAACCCAGCUGACUCAUUUGUUGGAAUUUCUUUAUAACGGAGAAGCUCUCAUUCCAUCGACGGAACUCACGCCGCUAAGGGAAUUGUUCGAGCUUCUUCAAAUUAAGUCGGAGCUGUUCGAGCCGAAUCAACCUCAAACCUCUAGUAACUCCGACCCCGAAAGGAUACCCACCCCUCAGCCCUCCGAGGGCCAAGAGAGUUCCAGCUACGAAUCGCAGUACGACGGCAGGCAGUCGAACAAUCCGGCCGACUGUUGCUCGGUACUCAUAAAAACCGAGGGAUGCGAGGAGGAACCAGAAGUAGACGUGGAAGGCGUCGAAGGUGAAACUCUCCUCGCGGAGAAUAGAGAAAGCAGUAUAGAACCGCCUCGGCGGAGGGAUAGUUCGGAUCCUGUAAACCUAAGCUUAAAUUCUGGAACUUCCACUACUAGCGAAAGUUCGCACGAUAUUGUACCUAGGCCAGAGAAGCAGUUACUGGAGAGGCGAGAAUCUCUAGAGGAGGCGGAAGAGAGAAGGAGGCAAUUAGCGGCUCGACUCGCGUUAGGCUUAGAACCGGGAAAGCGAAAACCCGAAGAAAUACCUAUCCCACCUGCGGAGGCGUAUAUCGUCACGCCUCAUCGAAAACGAAGGCCAGGUUUUCACAAUGCACCCGCUCAGAAUCCAGCCUUUGUACCGUUCAAUCCUGGAUUCGAGACGCCGAGGCGGUUGCAAGCGCCACAUCCCCUCAGCGUCUCGGCACCCCCGUACCUGCAGGACAGAUCAGUGACACCACCAGGAGCGUCGCAUAGACCACCAAGCGCUGAUCCAGCAUCGGCGGCAGGCUUGGAACCACCUUGGGGUUCUUGGGCUUUGCCAGCAGCAAGAGCGCCUCCACCUCCGCCGACGGAUGACCCGCCAAAGUCUACUCCCGUUCGCGAAUAUCGGUGCAGUUAUUGUGGCAAACAGUUUGGAAUGUCUUGGAACUUGAAAACGCAUUUGAGAGUGCAUACGGGUGAAAAACCUUUCGCGUGUAGACUUUGCGUUGCUAUGUUUAAGCAGAAAGCUCACCUGUUGAAGCAUCUUUGCUCCGUUCACAGAGGCGUCAUAGCCGCCCCUGACAAUACCUUUACUUGUUGCUUCUGUUCGUUAAGUUUCGAUAGUCUACAAGAGUUAAUCAGGCAUCUGUCAGGGCCGCAUAAUAAUUUGCUACUCAGCAAAAAUCUACACGACUAGCGACAUGGAUAAGGCGAACCGGUGCUGAAUCGUCAUCUCGAACGCAUCUCGAUCAAAUAUUGCAUUUCUCGCAAAUCGAUUCGAGCAUGCUUGGAUCGUGUUCAGAUGAGAAAGUACGAGUGCCUUUAAAUUUUCUCAGUAUUCGAAACUAUAGAUUCAGCAUUUUUCUUUUCUCUUUUUUCUUUUUUAUCCUUUAGUUUUUCCCUUUUCCAUUGCUUCCGAUUGCUGACGAAAACUUUUUGGUUUGAAUAUCGAUCUCGAGAUGAUAAGACCAUCGUGCACGGAGUAAAAAAGUAGUUUUUCUAACUCUUUUCUGGACGAAUAUUUUCUUCGAAAGAUAUUUUAAUGUAAAAUAGCAUAGCAUAGCUACGUAGCGGCAUCGCACUCUCGUGCGAUUAAAUUUUCUUUCCUCGCGAAGAUGAGAAACGUCGAAUAAUUGUUACCUUUGUAAACGGACGAACGAAAGUGGGAACUUGUUAUUUUAUAAAGUUUUGCAGCAAGUUUUACGGUUCCGCGUGGAAUUACAAGAUCUUCGUGAAUCUCUUUUUCUUUUCUGUUCGAAAGUAAAUAUCUUACAGCACCGGAUGAGCCUUCCACUAAGGCGUUACGUCGUUUUCGUGAGCCUCUCUAAAUUGAAGAUAUUCGAAGACGACGCAACAAUCGACUACCUGUUUAUUAUUAUAAGCGAUGACCAGUAACUGUGACCAAAUAACGUAUUUCCGACAGUCGACGUUGGUCGGAAGUGUGUCGGAUAUGUUGACGGUCUCUAUCGGGUAACGUUAAGAAAGUCGAAACGAGAAUAUAUGAUAAAAGGAAAGAAAGAAAGAAUAAAGCAAAAGAUAGAAAAUAUAAUAUAAACGAAGAGGCGAGAGUCAAUUAUCGUUGUCACGCGCCGAAUUUCGACCAAUUCACUAAGGUGAAUCCGGCACGCGUCUUCUCGUUGCGUCUUACUUAUUGAAAAAGCUUUUAAACGCUUCCGUUCGCGUCACGUGACAUCCAGCGAAACCUCUCGUUUACCUCAGAUCGCGCGCAAACAAUCUCAUGUGUAAAUAAGGUUAAUGUUUUAGUCGUAGAAACAAGCGAACGGAUAUAACAAUUUAUUUAUUUUACACUUUGCAAAGGGACCAACUGAUUUUCCACCGAUUUCUGUCUUAGGUAGAUUUUAGGUAUCCUGCCCGUUAAUCACCUCGAACAAAUUUGCUCGCAGAGAGCUGUGUACGAUUUCGGAAUUAGCGUAUGGAAGGAUUCGAUUAGAAGGUCGUGGAUGUAGAACAAGAAGAUAUUGGCGUUCUCCUUAUCCUACGAAGAGGAACAUUAUCGGCGAGACGCGAUCCUGGAAGAAGCGACAAUAAUUUUUUCAAAACGGUUCAACCUGUUCGCCAACUGUUAGAAUAAACGUUGCUAAUGUUCUUCCGCGUAUUACAAUCCUCGUCUUCCGCUUCAUCGUAACUGUCCUUCUCCCUUCCUCCCUUGUCCCAUCUUGCGUCGUUUUUCCUUGAAACGUCUUUGGUAUCUCAGCGACUCGAGUGCCUUGUCAAAUGGGUCCAAAUUGGUCGAUUGGGCAGUGAUUUCAUGUGUUCAUAGGCUUAAGAUACGUACACGUGUAAGAUGACGAUACGAGCUCGCUUAGGAAUUGAAAGAAAGCGUUAAUUAAUUCACGUAGAAGUUUUUAAUAUCACUCGAAUUAAUCCAAGUUUCGUUAGGAUCUAGAUAGAUUGUUUUAAGUAGUAGCUUUUGUUUCUCUAAUUUCUUUUUUGUUGGCGCAGGACGUCAUGAAUUUCUUUUCUAGAUAGGUAUUUACUACCUAAGGUGCCUUGAAGAAGGGCCUCAACCUCUCUUUAGCUCCUUGGCUGUAUGAAAAUCUCAAAUACGGAACGGACGGUCUUGAUAAACGUGGAAAAUCAAAUAAAUUCGAAUCCCGAUAAAUAUCAUUAGCGACGAUAUUAUAUUCGUUUGAAACUCACGCGCACAUUCCAUACACAUACGCGAAUACUUUCACGAAACGAUUCCUCUAACUUAUUUUACGCAAAUUAUAUUUUUACAUUUAACGUGACCAGAUGCGAUUUCGAAAAUUUCCAUCUUAAUAUCCCCACUGACGAUCAAACGUAUCGCUAAAUUUGAACCGUUUCACUUUUGCAAGGGGACGAUGCGAUGAAAAAAAUCAGCUAGCUGUUGCUGUUUAUUGGGAUUCGCAAUUUUUAAAAAACCAUAUUGGAAGUGUAUUUGAACUAAGAUCGUUCGUUCUAUUUGCCUUCGCCAUGGUAUUUUUACCGCCGGGGUAUAAACGAGCACGAAAGCAGAACAUAGGAACGUAAGAAGAGGUUAGAGGGGUGGUGUGCGCUCUCAUCAAGCCAGGCAAAAAUGGCCAGCACAAAACAGUGAACGCAAUGUGAUACUAAAUGAUAAUAAAGAUAAAGUAAUUAUUGUUUAGCGUGCAACGCUUCGGCGCAUCGUACGAGCGCGACUCGUGGCUCUUUCAAAUAAAAAGGAAAAAUCUUUCGAUCGCGAGAGGAAGAAGCUAACAGACGAUCCUUUUUUUUCUGCGAGCCGCCUAAAUAAUUUUUAGUAACUAACUUUUCGUCGUUUCUCUGUCUCCAAUCCUCUUCUACCUAAAACCCUCUCCAACCUCCUCGUUCCCUCUUCUCGAGACGUAAGCGCACUAGGAUUACGUAUGCAGAUUAUGUUACUGUUAAUUAGUUACGUUUAUUGUGUAUAUAUACACAGACGCAGACACACACACUCGCGGCCAGAUGUCCCAAGAGGGCAUUUCUUUUCAUCCUCGACGUAGCGAAAUGUUGUAGACAUAAAUCAUUUUUUCAUCGAUGUUGAACUUUGCUUUUGACUAUGUCGAUUACUUAAGUGAAGAAGACUUUAAUCAAGGAAGUAAAUUGCAAUCGUGAUGGUAAAAUGCGUAUGCAGAGUUAGAAAGAUCGAUCGUUCGUUGUUUCCUAGAGAUAAAAUCGACGAUGCGUGUUAUUUCUGCAAUUAAAAUUUAUAUAAAAUCUUGAUUACGAAUGAAAAAAAUAAGAAAUGUCGUGAUUCCUUUCCAAGAUGAAAUAAUACUUGCUUUACGUUACCAUAUUGUAUAUCACUUUCCUUUCCUUAAAUAUUCGCUUGAUUUGAAAUCAUUGUUCUUCGGACAUCUGGUCAGAGUUUUCUAGAAUUUAAGCAUCUUCCGAGCGGAGAACGUUUUCCGCGUGCUUUCUUAGUGUUCAUAGAUUUACAAGAAAUAAAUUAAUUCAGAUGAGAAAUCUGUAAAAGAAGAUAAACGAGCGAGCGAAAACAA